AUGCCUUCGAAGAUCAAAUUACGGGCAAGAGCAAAAUGAACUACGGUCAUAAUUCCACAAAUACUGGCAGUAAUUGGGUAAUUACGACCGUAAUUCCUCUCAUCGGUGUUAAGUGAAACGCGCGUUUUGGGUGAAAUACGGGCAAACCAUGUUUACGACCGUAAUUCAGCCUAUAUUUCGCCCAUAAUCGGGUUUUUGAGGCAGAUUCGAGCCAAAGGAGACGGAAUCGACUUUUUGGAGCAAAAACAGAGUUUUAGAGAGAGAAAGUGCGAAGAACAAACCCUAGGAGCUAUUUGGAGUGGAUUUCUCACCAUUGAAGCCCAGAUUGCAUCCCUAGGAGUGAAGAUCAUCAUCCCAGAGCAGAUUUUCCUCAUCUUUAUGAGUAUGACUACUCUGAUUUCUGUUGUCCUCUCUCUCUAUGGAGUAGAACUUUCUCUCACUUGGGUAUGAAGAACUCUAGUUCCAUGUGUUAGGAAUCUUGAUUGUAAUGACUUGGGAUUGUUAUACGGUUUGAUUUUAAUCGAUUGAUGCAUGAUUUAUUGAGUCAAUUGAAGUCUGAUCAUCUUUUCUUGAUUUCUGCUGCAACUUGAGAUUGAUAGAAUCUAAUUAGGUUGCUAGAGCUUCAUCAAUCGAUAGUGGUAUAUUGAUUAUACGAGAGUUAAUUGAUUUACUGCUUUGUAUUGGAACCCAAUUCCAGUAGUGGAGUUCUGCGUUCAUAGCCUCAGUUUUCUAUCCCGGUGAAGACUAGUCGUCUGCCGGGUAGUUGGACAGAGAGGGUUUGGUCAGUUUAAGAGAUUCCAAGCUACUGUCGGAUCUUCCACAGUUUAAUCAACAGUUAAUCAACCCAGGGUAAUUACAGCUGUGAACUAACUAAGGAUCUAGGGGGACUCAUUCCCGAGUGACUCUUCCCUUGCUUUAGAAAACCGAACCAUUUCCUGCUUUCUUACUACUUUUAGUUAAAAUCACAAUCACUCGACUUAGUUUGCUAGAUAAUAGAUAUUCACGGAGUAGGCAGUAGAUCUAGACCCGAGUUGAUAAUUAGAGCUUGCCUGUUACUGCAUUCCCGGACUGCGAUUACACUUGGUCGCAGUUUGGUGUUGUGUUUUAGAGUGUCAAACAAGCACAUAAGAAGAAGAGGGAGCAAUCUACAUGUUAGAAGUCUUGAUCAAAUCCUCCCAAUCGCCUCAUAUGGUCAUGAGCAGCUGGAAGAUGCCCUUUCUCUACCCUCUAUCUCGAAAUUUAGGUUUUAGGUCGUAACUGGUUGUCUCCCUUCAGAAAACCCUAAGUUUAGCUUAAAUAGACUGGAAACCAAGCUCGAACACGACCAUGGGCAUGCAUGUGCUGAUCGUGGCUUUUAUUUUAUUUUUUUCAUCUUUUUCGACUUUUCGAGGGGCGAAUGGAUCCCGAGCAUGCCUCGAAGAACGAUCGUGUCUUAGGUCGUGUUGGUUCAUAAAAAUAUAUUCAAAUCACAUUUAAAUGCACGUCAAAUCGUCUUGAACUAUAUAACCUCCAUCUUUAGUGCAUUUUUCAUCUAAAUAUCAUUUAAUUCUCUCAAACUAACUUGAAAUACACUAAAACAACAAACGAAGCAUAAAACGGUAAAAAAAAUAUAAAUCUUGCUGAAAUGAUAGCCCAAACAAUGUCAAAUGAGGAGUAAAAAUAUAUAGAAUUUACGGUGCAUCAUCAAAUGUAGAAAAAUGGCUUAAAUAGUGAUUUUUGGUGCACGUCAGGACCACUGACCGUGAUCUGAAGGCUCGUCAUGGCUUGGAGUCCGCGAAUAUCACGAAAUAGUGGAUUGAAGACAGGUCACGCCCACAUCACGGUCGUGAUCGUGACGUGUAAAACGUCGCCAAGUUAUCGUUUUCCUCCACGUAUUGACUUGUACACGGUUUCCGAGUUCCAGACCUUGACCUCCAAGAUCCCGAGUGAUCUCAAAGUCGAUGUUGUUAUCCUUCUCGCAGUUAGACCAUUCUUGGCAUCAAGCUGGGUCGCAGAACAUUCUCCACAUUUCUGCGUUGGGGAUGCUAAGUUCACAGUCACAGUUGUGACCGUGACCUAGCUCAAAAGCUCCCUUCCUUGCUCGUGUGUUGCAAAAGUGCCCAGAUGAACCUCAAAUCAAUCCCUAAUCAAUUUAAAAUGACUACAAAAUCAAGAAUACCAUUAGAAAAAACACCAAACAAACAGAAAAUACAACAAAAUGAAAUGAGGUAGUUUCCCCAUGAAGAACCUUCACAACAACCUAACUCAUGCUAAACCUCGUGAUUUAUGCAUAGGAAUGCAUAUUGACAUAAAAGCUUUAAUGGAAGUUAAACAUCGGUUUAGAUGUUAUCAUGGAUUUAAUUGUUAUCAUCCAAACUCAGAUAAAAAUUAUAUUUCAAC